AUCAUUCCUUUCUUCACUAGGUGGAAGUCAUGAUUGUUUAUGUAAGUCAAGAGGAAAUGGGUUGAGUAGAGAAGUGGAAUGGUGAGGAUGUCUUUGAGAUUGUUCAGACUUACCCACCUAUCCCUAUUUGGGUUCUUGGCUGUGUUCCCCCACCGACACCUUACUGUGAGCUGGAUGUCACCGAAGAGUCAGUCUGCUCUGAUCGAACACCUCAAGUCCUCAGGAAUUAUUAAGAGCCAAGAGGUGUAUACAGUGAUGCUGGCUGUUGACAGAGCCCAAUACUGCCCUGAGAACUCAUAUGCUGAUUCCCCACAGCCAAUUGGCUAUGGUGCAACAAUCUCUGCCCCUCACAUGCAUGCCUAUGCACUGGAGUGGCUCAAGGAUAAUCUCAAGCCAGGAGCCCAAGCUUUGGAUGUUGGUUCAGGUUCUGGAUUCUUGACUGUCUGCAUGGCUGAGAUGGUUGGGGAGAAUGGCCAUGUCAUAGGUGUGGAACACAUCCCACAACUAGUGAAAUUUGCACACCAAAACGUGCAGAAAGAUCGGCCAUAUCUGCUGGAGACAGGUCGGGUACAGUUCUUCGAGGCUGAUGGAAGGCUGGGAAGGCCUGACAAUGGACCAUUUGAUGCAAUCCAUGUGGGAGCUGCUGCAACUGAGGUACCUCUUGCAUUGAAAGACCAGCUGAAGCCUGGAGGACGGAUGAUAAUCCCUGUUGGAAGUUAUGGCUUGCAGCGAAUCAUGCAGGUGGACAAGGCAGAAGAUGGGAGCAUCAGAGAGACAACAUUACUGCCAGUUGCUUACGUCCCUCUGACUGACCGAGAACGUCAGUGGCCUUCUGCCAGGGGAGAACUGCAUCAUAACAAGCCCUUGGAUCUCACAACCAUGGUGAGAUUCACAAAUCUCCCCAACAAUGCUGUGCUGGAGAUGGUUCCAAUGGAAGGCAGCAGGCAGGAAUCUCCUGUCACCAUUUGCCUUCAAAUUGAAUCCAGCAGCAGACUCACCAGUGACUUCACAACACAAAAUACCCUAUGGGACAUUCUGAAUCAUUUUGGUGCCACUAAGACCUUGGCAGACAAGGAGGUUGAGAAUCAUAUACCGGUAUGUGUCUACACAAGGGAAGAAUUUGUGGGUGAGCAAGCCCUAAAGGCAACUACUCUGAGGAAGCUGGGCCUUUUGGGUGGAAAGCACAUCAUAAGGCUCAUGUUCAGAGAUAAAGGAGCCCUGGGAGAACAGGCACAUGUCAGCGCACCCCUAGUCCAUCCAUUCAAGCCACCUGAGCAGGGUAGUACCUUAAGGGAAAUCUCAUCUGAAACAUCAUCAGAAUUUCAACAAGAAGAUGAAGGAUCUAAGACACGUCCUGACAGUUCGCCGACCCUGCACCUUCGUCUGCAGCACAAGCGGGGAGCAGAGGUGAUCGAGGUCAUAGAAGCCAAGAAAAAGAAGGACAUGGAGGCUCAGGCAUCAUCAGCUGAUAUCAGAGUUCCCAGUUUGGCUGUGUAUCCUGUUGAUACGAUCCCCACUGAAGAGGAUACAGGGGCUGCAUUGAAUACAUCAGGUCAGAUGAAGAUCGGUGUGGAACCUUUGAAGGAUUUAAAGAAGGAGGCACCAAUGGAUGUGGUGCAUUCUUCUGUUCCUGUGAAGGAGGAAGCAUCUUCAACUUCAGACCUGGCAGUAGCAGAAGAAAAUGUGGUGCUUUUAGAUGAUCGUGGGACCCUUGUAUUUGAUGUGCAUAGCUGCCCCCAGCUCUCUGAGAUAGAUUAUCCUGAUGAGUUCUUCAGUCACACAAUUCAUGAUAUCCAAUACCUUCUGCAGGACUUAAGAAUGAAGCAAAAAGAGAUGGAGGAGAGUCCCUUGCUGACAAAGGAAUUGCGAGAAAAGUCCUUCAGGGAGAAGUUGAUGCAGCAUCAAGUGAGCCUUAUACGAAUUCGAUUUGCAGAUGGGUUCAUCUUGCAAACUCGCUUUCAGCCAUCUGAUACUAUCCAGACAGUGAAGAAUUUCCUUCAAAAUUACCUGGAGAAGCCCUCCCUAAUAAGACACAUGAUGGAUUUCUGUUGCUCAUCUUCUGAUCUCUGGUUAGAUCUCACUCCUCCAAAGAGGAUUCUGAAGCCAGGAGAAUGCCUUGGGGAUGUUGGGUGCUCUCCAACAGCCCUCAUCCAUUUUGGCUGUGAUGAGCCCUGUGAGCAUUAUCUCACUGAGACUGCACGCUCUAAGGCCUCCAACUUCACUGGUGCCUCUGCAUGGGCAGGGAGCUCCAUUGUGGGAGGAAGGCCCAACUGGCCUGGAUGGCGGCUCCCUACUGCCUGCUUCAGCCCA